GGCAGGCUCACUGUGCUGGCUCCGGGGCAUGGACAUGGCAGGGGGCAGCAAGCGUAAGAAAAGGAGUAGAAAACGUCGCAGGAUGGCACAAGGUCUUGAAAUGGCUGGAUUAAAUGUUCGGCAGAGGAUGCAGCUAAAAAUGGAGAAAAAAAACAGGAAGAAAACAGAAGGCAAAUAUUCAGUUCAACAGUUGUUGGAAAAAGCUGAGGAGUGCAUGGACAACUUAAAUUUUGAACUGGCACAAAUAUUCUGUCAACGAGCUUUGGACAUGGAGCCCAACAAUUUGACUGUACUUGAUAUGAUGGGCAAUAUCUUUGCAGAACUUGGAAACUCCGAGAAAGCGAAAGAAGUAUUUCAAAAAGCUGUUGCUUUGAGCCCUGAUGAAGGUUACACUAAAUACAUGUACUUGGGUCAAAUCCAUUGUGGGCAAGAGGCAGUACAGUACUUCAACAAAGGCAUUGAACUUUUGAUUAAAGACUACCAAAGGCAGAAGGAGAUGGCCAUGCAGGCAGCAUCCUGUGACCCUGAUAAUGCUGAAGUGACUCCUCAGAAUAUCUCCACGGCUUUUUGUUCGUUGGCAGAGAUCUUCCUUACUGACCUCUGUUCAGAGGAAGAUGCUUCAAAUAAGUGCCAAGAAGCUUUGGGAAAUGCUUUGGCAUAUGAUUCGGAAAAUCCUGAAGCCUUGCAAUUGAUGGCUAGUUAUCUUUUCAGUACUGAACAGCAGCAGGAAGGCAAAGCGUACCUGAUGAAAAGCCUUAAGCAAUGGUUACCCAGUUUUCAGAGAGCAGAGUCAGAAGUAACACAUGACGUCAACGAUCUGGAUCCAUUGCAGAAUUUGUUACCUCCUUAUGAAUCCAGAAUAACUGCAGCAAAGCUGUUGAUUGAAGUUCAAGAGUAUGAGACUGCCAUUGAAGUACUCGAGGGACUUCUGGAUGAAGAUGAUGAAGUUGUGCAGGUUUGGUAUCUGCUGGGCUGGGUUUGUUACCUUCAAGCAGAGAAGCCCAAUGAGGAUGCACCUUUCAAGGACUCUGCCAGGACAUACCUAACAAAAACCAAAAAGCUUUAUAUGAAGGUCAAAUGUGAUGAUUCCUCCCUGCUGGAUCACACAGAACAGCUAUUGGAGGAGUUGGGGCCUGGUGAAGAGCUGGACUUGUCAGACAGUGAGAACCUUCCCAUUGAGAAUAUCGAGGAUGACUUUGUAGAAAGCAGUGAGGAUGAGGAAAUGCAACAGUAAUACUUCAAGUAACAUUUUCCUCAAAAAUGGGGAAUAAGAAAACACUUUUCUAAAGAAGUCACAUUUUAUGAGGGGGCUGAAGAAAGAUCUGGAGUCACCACCACAGUUUCACCUGUUGCUGUGGAUGAUGUUAUUCCUAGCACUGAACUUCAAACAAGGUAUCUGUACAUCUGACUUAAUUUGAGAAUAAAAAUGUUUAUUGCCUUAAGAAUUCACAAAUAAAAAUUCUGUGAAUAUUAAAACUCAAGGCACUCCAACAGUAUUCUUCAUAUAUUCUACUGCUGAUCCAGGCCAGGCUUUGGCCAGUGUUAGCACUGUGAUGUCACCAUUGUUACAUCUUAUACUUGUGUCAGCAAUGGAUUUUAGUUUGGUGCUGCAGAACCCAUUUAAAAUGAACAAUGUAAGUAUUCUGGAGCACUGUAUUCUUCCCUGUAAAAUUAUCUUAAAGAUGAUAACUUUGGGGGCAGAAUUUAGACAAAAACUCAAAUAUGGCAUCUGCAAUGAAACCAGAAAUUGUUGAAAAUAUGCUACGCCCAUAAAAAAUGGACUUUGACAGAGUUUGUGGUUAAAAGCGAGUCUCCACUCUGGUGACCAUUUUGUAGGACGCCUGCACUCUGUCCACAAUGGCCAUCUCCAGCUUCCAGUUGCAUGUCAUUUACUUCUCCUUCCUCCUUCCUGUCUGUUCUCAGCUUUCUUAAUUGCUAUAGAGAGAUCAAACGCAAAUUGGAAGAAUAACAUCUCUUAUUCUGCUUGGGUAACUUACAACACAAUUGUAUUAAUAUUCAAUUUUCCAUUUAUAGGUAACCCACACAAUCAGUGUUCUCCUCCCACACACACUGGACUGUCCACCUAAUUUUCUUCUCCCAUUGUUCAUUCAUCCCAUUAUUGCCCUCUCCCCACCUGGUUCCGUCUGCCCAUAAUCCCCUAUCCAUCUGGUGCCACCUAUCACCUGCCAGCCUUGUGUCCCACCCCCCUACGUACGGCUAUAUACUGAAAAUCUUUCAAUAGAGACUCAAGAGACUGCAAAUGCUGGAAUCUGGAGCAUCAAACAAUCUGCUGGAGGAACUCAGCGGCUGGACAGCAUCUGUGGGAGGAAAGAAAUUGUUAAUGUUUCGGGUCGAAACUCUGCAUCAGGACCAAAUUCCUUGACCCACUGGGUUCUUCCAGUGUUUUGUUUCUCUUCUAAGUUCCAGUAUCUGCAGUCUCUUUUGUCUUCAAUCUCUCUCCGCCCGGAUUGUUUAACUUGCCCUAUCCUCUUUCAAUCUUGAUGGACUUGCUUGGUUACUUAAGCAUUUGUUCAUUCCUUGGCCACAAAGAAGUUUUUGGUUAAACUCCUAUUAUAAUUUCUCAAAUAAAAUCAAACAAUAAUAAAAUAACAUGAGACAGAACAGCGUUCAUAAAUAAAAAUUCAUAGACUGCUUUUUAAUUAGGCACAAUCAUAUAAGAAUGAAUGUCAAAUUAUUAUCUUUUGAAUAAAAUCUUAAGUUAUGUACAGGGCUCUUUCAUAGUGGUAUUAUUCCACUCACUGUUUUGAAUAUAAUAAAAAUUAUUAGUUUUGAUUUAUUGGGUCUGCAAUCUUUAAAAGUUUGCAAUUUAAGAAAUUCAGAGUUGGAUUCAUAAGCUGAAUCCUUAGAUCAUAAAAUUAAAUAAAUCAUUUGUUCAUUUGUAUUUUCUCCUGUAAUAAAAAUCACUCUGACAAGUCUCAGGUUGAAUUACAUUUGUGUUUAUCAUUGAUGACUAAAUAUUUGAAGACUGUAGAUUGUAAGGUGAUAUGGUGUAAAUUACAUUUAUAUAUCAGCCUUUGUGGAAAGAAAUAAUGUUCAUCAUCACAUAAUAACAUUGGGACUACCAAUUAAGUGUAUUAUGUUUGCCUAAAUAUCAUUCUCAUUAAGUAAUAUACCUAAAUGAAAACUAAUCUGUUUGAAACCUAGAAUUUAUUUUGAUUAUCCUCAUUUAACAUGCUGGUAAAAAUACUUAACAAGUAAUUUUUGAAGAUGAGAAGUACUGAGGCAGAAGUUAACUGA